AAUUAAACCUAGGCAACACGACUAUAAAUAAAUAAAUCUGACUGAAGUAAUCGUACGUAAUACCCGAACUUUCCAUCCAAGCCGUCGUCUUCUUCUUGAUCGCAACACAAUAAGCAUCUCAAUCCUCGGCCGAUCGAAACUGGCAGCAACAAUGAAGAACUGUGAAAUGCUUGAGAAUGAGUUGCCUGAUCAUAUUAUAUCUUGUAUCUUUUCCAAGUUAGCUUUGAAGGAUUUGGUGAAAACCAGUGCAUUGUCCAAACAAUGGAUUCAUGAAUGGGGAUUACGGAUGGACCUAAACUUCGAUCUCUAUACCAUGUUUGACUAUAACACAGAUCAAGACUUACCACAAAUCGUUCCUCUCUCUCAAAGGUUUCACUAUCAAUCUAAAUUUGCCACAAGUUUGGAUCAAUUUAUGCUCCAUUAUAAAGGUGUCAUUAUCCGUUCCAUUCGAGUAAAAUUUCCAUUAGGUAAUGAACAUAGGGAUGUCAUUGAUAGAUUGAUCUCCAAAGGAAUUGCUAAGGGUGCCAAACAUAUUGAACUUCUCUUCUCUUCUAAAACAACUGAUACUACUAUUUCUAUUAUGCCAUACAGAUUUUCCCUUAUUCUCUUACUUGAGAAUGAUUCUGUGACCUAUUUGCACCUACAAAACUGCCUCAUAGACAAACCCAGAGACUUCUCUGGAUUAAAAAAUUUGAGAACUCUUGUGUUGCAACAAGUUAUUGUGAAGAAGACACUCCUUAAGACUUUGUGUUCAAAUUGCAACCACCUUGUCGACUUCACCCUUGAUGGUUGUAAUAUCACUUCCAAGUUGGUAAUAAACAACCCAUCAUUGCUUCGUUUGAACAUUGUUAAUGUUGGAUUUUACCCUCGAAAUCUUAUUACUAUCAUUGCCUCAAGUCUCUCGUCCUUUGAGUAUUCUUGUCUUAAAGAACAUGUAGUACACCAAAUGAACAUUCAAGCUCCUAUGUUAUCCAAGUUUAGCUUUAGAGGUGCUUCAUUUUCAAAGCGUAUAGGGUUAUCUGGAUUGACGAACGUAACAACAAUUAAGUUUGAUGCAUUAUUAGUUGAUCUAUCCACAAACAUCUUGCCUCAUUUGUUUUCUAAAUGUCCUCAACUUGAAGAUGUCACUCUUAAGAACUGUUUGUUCACAAGUUCAACACAAAUUUUCAGUUCGAAGUUACGUCAGUUGAUCAUACUUGAUAGUGUUUGGGUGAAUAACUCUCCUUCUGAGAUAUCUAUUGAUGCAUUAAAUCUUUCAUCCUUUGAAUAUACUGGGUACACCACGAGGAUAAUUUCUUUUACGGCUCCAAUGUUAUCAAAGGUUUUUUGGGAUACACUAGAGAGAGAGAAUAGACCACACCUUUUUGAUCCAAUUGCAAGUUUACCACAUAUUGAGAAUUUAGCUAUGAUCGUCGACACUUUACAAGUAAAGGAAUUAGCGAAAGUCUUGGUUCGGUUUCAAAAUCUUAGACAAUUGGAGUUACAUAUUGAAGGAGCAUGCGAUCCUAGUAUGGAUUACUCUUGGCUUUUAGAUAUUGCAACAGCUUCUCAGCAUCUCCAAAAACUUACUCUAAGUAUUAAAAAUCUAUAUCAGGAACAUUCACAUAUGGUCGGAUUUAAGAGGCAGAAAAGCGAAUAUGUGGGGUUUUCUCAUAAUGUUUUGGAAUAUGUGGAGUUUUGCGGUUGUGUUUGCUCCAUAAAUGUUAUUCAGUUAGCUACUCACCUAUUGAGGAGUGCAAAUUCGCUUAAGAAAAUGACUUUCCGUUCUAGUGAUAGAGUCUAUCUUGGAGGUGGUAGAUGGACAACUUUUUUUAAUGCAUGUGGUGGUCAUUGUUGGUCAGGAAAAAAUGUUUACGAGAUGCUUAAGGAUGAAGUAAAUGAACAAUGUCAGCUUAUAAUUUUGUAGUGUAUUUUUUCUAUUUAGUUAGUUUUUACUACUAUUAUUAUUUGUAAUUUUUCGAAAAAACUUUGUAUAACUUUAUUUAUGAGUUACAAUAUUUACUAUUUUUGGGUGUUUCUAUUUUAUACGAAAUAAUCAUUGUAGAA